GUUAUGGCGUGGCAAGGAAAUGUGGCUGCUAUGCCAGUACAGAUGCAGAUGUAUUACACAGGACCUUCAUCUCAACAAGGCGAAGUAGCUGAACCUGUGGUUAACUUUCUGAAGUGGUUCUACCAUUUUAUUGAGAAGAGAGAGAUCUACCAUGUGGAGAAUAUGUACGAGGACGGUUACUACAAAAUAUCAGAUUUCUACUUCAAAGACAAGACAUGGCCUGCUCCAGACGUUGUGCAGGGAAUUGUCGAGGAAAAGGACGAAGCCUCAAUAUUCAUGAUUCUUUACAGAGAGCUUUACUACAGGCACAUUUACGCUCGCCUCAAGCCCACUCUCGAACACAGGUUUGACUCGUACGCAAACUACUGUGAACUGUUCUCUUAUCUGCUAACAGCUGAAGAGCCCGUAAAGAUAGAGCUCCCUAACAAAUGGCUGUGGGAUAUCAUUGAAGAGUUUGUUUACCAGUUCCAGAACUUCCAGCAAUUUAAAAGCAAGGCAGGUAAGAUAAAUGAUGAAGAGAAGAGUAUGCUGAGAGAUGACGAGGAUAAUGUCUGGAAAGUUACAGCAGUCCUGAACAUCCUACUGCAGCUCACCGAGAAGUGUAAUAUUAACCAACAGCUUAUUGCUAUGGAGAAAGGUGAAGCUAUCACCGAGGAAAUAGUUGGAGAGUUUGGAAUGAAACCAAUCUAUACUAUGACUGGUUUCUUCAGCUUGGUAGGAUUAUUACGUCUGUACGUCCUGCUGGGUGACUACCACAUGGCACUCUCAUGUAUUGAACACGUGCAGUUUAAAGAUAAGGACAUGAUGGCUCUGGUUCCUGCUUGUCAGAUAACAGCUAAUUAUUAUGCUGGGUUCGCUUAUCUCAUGAUCAGGAAAUACGGAAACACUAUUCAGCUGUACCAACACAUACUGGGGUACAUGCAGAGAACCAAACAAUUCUUCCAGAACCGAUCUUUCCAAGCAGAUGAUAUUAACAAAAAGAACGAGCAAAUGUUGGCUCUUCUCGCUAUUGCUAGCACUUUCUGUCCACUCAGAUUAGAUGAGAGUGUUAAUAUUCAGAUAAAAGAGAAGCAAGGAGAUAAGGUGGCACGAAUUCAGCACGGUGAUAUGGCCGUAUAUGAUGAUCUCUUUUUCAGUGGAUGCCCCAAAUUCCUCUCACCUGUUGUUUCUGAAAAUCCCACAUCACCUUUCGGUAGCAGUGGACCAAGAGGGUUGCAAUUGCAAGUAUUCAAGGCUGAAGUUGAGCAACAGAGACUCAUUCCUACAUUGAGAAGUUUCUUGAAGCUGUAUACCUCAAUUCCAAUCUCAAAACUUGCCAAGUUCUUGGACAUGCACGAAAAUGAAGUCAGGUGUUGCCUGAUGGCCUUCAAACACAAAAAAGAAGUCGCGAAGGGCGAUAGUACCGAUCAAACAACGAUGGAUAUAGAUUUCUACGUUGAUAAGAACAUGGUACAUAUCUCGGAUACCAAGAUUGCUCGUCAUUACGGAGAUUACUACGUUCAGCAAGUCUUGAAAUUGAAAGAAUCCAACAAACUGAUCCUGGGUGCCGCGUUGACGCCAGUAGUCCCGGCAAACACUGCCUAACUCUUUUUUAGCUCCACUCUGACUGCUUUUAUCUUAUAGAAAUGUGAUAUUUAUUGGUGGAA